UUUAGUUAAAAUCGUGUCUACAACUCUCAAAGGAAUAUCAAAAUUUGGAAUCAAGAUUAUCGAUGCUUUUCCAGUUCGCGGUUACCAUACAGAAAAGAAACCAUACAUUCAUAUAACAACAUGGAAUCAAUAUGAUCGAUAUAAUGCGUUGAAAAUAGUUUGUGAGUUUGGCUUAGAAACUGCAUCUGAUGAUCUAAAUU